UAUGAGAAACUAUUUGGAUGUUACUAACGUGAAGAAAACCCGGAAAACUCCACGUGACCAGCCCGUUGGCGAGGCGCAUGUGAGGUUUUGGCAUCAUCUGUAUAGAAAAAUAACAGAAAAUAAAAGUUUAAAAGGUAAAAAAAAAACUAAAAAUAAAACUAAACGCUGAAGAUUUAGCCUGAAUACUCAAUAUGGUUAAAGUUCUAAAACUUUGUUUUGAGUUUGAAAAUACCUGUAAACGUUUUAGUUCAUUAAUUAUAAUUGCCUUACAGUCCCUAUUUCUAAUUUAUUUUUAAUUGUCUACUUGGACAUUACUCAUUAAUAGGACUUUACACUGGUGUUUAAAAUUGACACAAUAAUUAGAGUUAGUUCAGAAAAAACAUAUUUUCUUUAUUAAAUUAAAUCAGCUGCAGUAGUAACUUUUACUGUAUACUUGUUCAAGUAGACAAUUAAAAAUAAAAAAGUUUUAGUUCAUUAUUUUAUAUCUUCUUAUGAGUUUUAUUUAAAUAUCCUGGACUACCUACACUUUCCUUGAUUAAGUAGACCUGCAAAUUAUAGUAGAUGAACUUUCGACGGAAAAAAAUGACAUGGCUACAAAACAAAACAAAAAAACACUUCAAGGAGAUUCGUUUCAAUGGAUAAUAACUUAGUAGCUAUGCCUUAAGGUCAUCUAGCAAAAAUUUCAUUUAAAUUUCAUAUCUCGAGAUAUAGGCCAACUUAAGUUGCAUAAUUAGUAGCAGAGGCGCAAUUAACUGCACCAACCUUAUUUUAGUAUUAUUUUAUAAAGAAAGUGAAUUAUUUUUCCAUUCAAAUUCAUAUUUUUAAAGUACGUAUAUAUUAUGAUAAUGAAUUUUUUUCUGUUGCGUAUUCAAUUGACGUGAUUUAUCAAUUGACAUUUUAUUUAUCACGAUUGCGACUUUUAUAUUAAUUUUAUAAAUUAUUUAGAAAUUAAUUUUUUUUUCAAAUUAUUAAAAAUUGUUUCGUUAUUCUAACUGCAGUAAAAUCGAUAAUAAUUUAUUCAAAUUUUUUCUCUUGAGGCAACUUAUAUUGUUUGUGACUACGUAACAUAUUGGCAAGUUUUCAAUGACAUACUUCUAUAUUUUUGUCAGUUCAAAAAUGUGUUAUUACAAGUAAAGGAAGUCCUGUUUCGAUAUUAUGUUUAGCCUAGCUGACUGGGAUAGAUCUUUCAGGUUACUGAAAUAGAAAAUAGUCGUAAAAAUUUUGAAUAGAUUUGAUUUUCUAAGAUCUGAGUUUUGUUUUUAAAAAUUUAAUAACGAAUUAGGUUAAAAGUAUGUAGUUACUAGAAAAAGAAAAGGCAACAUUUUGCAAGUGUUCUUAUCUGAUAUUAUGUAGAGUAAGGUCAUUUUUCUUUAUUUUCUUUUUGAUCAGGAUAACAGCAACACUUCAUAUCGUCACGUUACUUCAUUCAAGAUGUUGAUUUGGAGCGUAUUAUUAUUUCUUUUCGCGCUAAUAAUUUUAUGGAGAUAUGUUUUUAAAAUAAUUAAACUUAGGAGAAAAUUAUCUUCAUUUCCUGGACCUAAGAUGGAUAAUUUUCUUCUAGGAAAUUAUAAUCUUUUCUCGACAAAAGGAACGAACAUUCCUUUCCAUAUCCGUAAAAUAUACGAUAACGUUAUUAUCCUUGGCUACACUUUAUCGAGAACAUGGAUUAUAUCGUCUUUGGGUAUCUGUUGAUCCUUACGUGGUUCUACUUUCGGCAGAAUGUUUUGAAUCACUCGUUAAUAACUAAAGCAGAUGCAUAUAAACUUCUCCAUUGUUGGCUUGGAACAGGUUUAUUAACGAGUACUGGUAAUAAGUGGAAAAUCAGAAGAAAAACGAUUACUCCGACAUUUCAUUAUCGAAUUCUUGAUCAAUUUCUUCCCACAUUCGAUAAAAAUGCAAAGAUAUUCGUUAAAAACCUUGAAGAAUAUGAAAGUGAGGAUUGGAUAGACAUCUUACCAUUAGUUACUCUUUGCACUUUGGAUGUAAUUUGCGAGACGGCGAUGGGAGUUGAAAUAAAAUCACAAAACAAACACUGCAUGGAUUAUAUUGAAGCUCUGCAAGUGUUUUCUAACAUACAUUUAGAAAGAUUUAUGAGACCAUGGUUAUUUUACGAUUUUAUUUUUAAUCGCUCAUCUAAUGGGGCUAAAUUAAAAAGAACUUUAUCUGUACUUCAUGGCUUAACUAAAAAGAUCUUGAAACAAAGAAAGGAAGAAUUGAAAACGUCAGUCGAUAAUUUGACAGAUUCCUCUAUUGGAGAAAAGAAAAAAGAACCUCUUCUUGAUACUUUGAUUAAGCAUCAGUUUCAAAAUAAAGAUUUCACCGACCAAGACAUUUGUGAAGAAGUUGAUACUUUCGUAUUUGAAGGUCACGAUACAACUUCAAUGGGCAUAUGUUGGGCACUUUAUCAUCUAGGGCUCCAUCAAGAUAUUCAAGAAAAAGUGUAUGAAGAACUCCAAGGAAUAUUUGGAGACGACAAAGAUAAAACAUUAACUGCAGAAGACAUUAGAGAAAUGAAAUAUUUGGAAUGUGUCCUAAAGGAAUCACAACGAAUUUCUCCAUCCGUACCAUUAAUUGGACGUUCGUGUACAGAAGAUUUCAAAAUCAAAAACUAUACGAUUCCUCGAGGUACAACUAUUAUGUUAUUUAUUUAUGCGUUACAUCGCGAUCCGAAAGUAUUUCCCAAUCCAGAAGUAUUUGAUCCGGACAGAUUUCUCCCAGAAAAUUGCAUCGGAAGACAUCCAUAUUCAUUUAUUCCUUUUUCUGCUGGUUCUCGCAAUUGUAUUGGUCAAAAAUAUGCUAUGAUGGAACUGAAGACAAUUGUCAGCAGAGUAAUUAUGAAUUAUAAGAUCGAAUCAAUAGAUCCUCCAGAAGAUAUACUUUGCAGUUUCUUGCUGGUUCUUAGACCUGAAGGAAAAUUAAAAUUGAGAUUGAAAAGAAGAAAAUAAUACAUAAAAUUAUUUCUAAAUAAGAAAUCGCUUUAAUAAUGCUUUUUUUAUAUCUUAAAUUUU